CAUUGUUGUCGUGUGGGCUAAAUAGUGUUGAGGUUGUGUGAGUUAUAGGAGUGAUUGAACAAAAUGUCGGAACCACAAUUGCCGCCUCUUAACGUCGGGUUACUUACUGACGAACAAAAAAAUCAUGAAGCUGACGUUCGUGCUUUCCCUAUACCCGCCGCAUGGGAUGACGCCCAGAUUCGCGCAUUAAACCUAAAAAUUUUUCGUUUCCUCGAUAGUCCGGCUAAUCUAGGAACACCAGCAAGGGAUAUUGCAGCCGAGCUGGCUUUGUGUGAACACCAUUUUCGCGAAAUUUCUAAUCAUCAAACGCUUUCAAAUGCAAUCAAGCUCCAUCGAUAUAUGCAUUUCUAUUAUCGUGUACGUCGUUUGCCCGAGAAAGAUCAAAUAAAAACCCGCCGAGAAAUACUCACCAACCAGUUUCUCGAACAAAUUCAUCUGCUUCUUAGUAAUAAUCCGGACCUGUCCUUAACGGACCAAAAUUCCCCAUUACACAGUUCAACUAUGCUUAAUCAAGUCCAAAUGGAUAAUAAUGGGGCAACUCGAGUUACGGGAACUCUCCCUAAAGAGCCACAGGUUUUCGGCCGAUCAGAAGAACAGGAGGUGAAAGAAGUGAAUGGGGGUAAUGGUGCUAGUGGUGGUCCGAAAAAUUCUUUAAGAUCUAGGGAACUUCCGGAUGACGCCUCUGGCACGACUAAUUCUGAUCUUGCUCUCGAAAUGCGUCACUUAGCCCAUUUAAUGCAAACUUUAGUCAACCUUCAAAUGAGUCGGGUUGAAACCGAUCAUCCUGCUGGUUUGCCACAGCCCAGUAAUUCCAAUGAUUUACCCAAUCGAGCCGUAGGUGCAGCCGAUACUAAUGGGGUGAUUCAAGAUUCUGUUCGAAACCAACCCCAAAUAUUAGACCUCCCCGCACGAAGGGGAGAUGUCGAAGAAGAUGAGUUGGCAAGCGAAACGUGUAGCCAACGGAAGGAAAGAAAUCAAGCCUUACGUGAUUUACCUAACUGGUUUUCACGAAUGUCGUUUGAUGGUACUCGAAUCAACGAUAAAUACAUGUCGGUUGAAGAUUUCCUUACGUCAGUUGAUACUUUUCGUGGUUGUUGUCGUGUGCCCGAUCAAGACCUUUUGUCCUAUUUGUUGAGAUCGUUUCGUGGGGUAGCCCGUCAAUGGUUUACCAAUCAACGUCAUACCUUCAUUUCGUAUAAUGACUUUCGUAUUAAAUUUCGACAACGUUUCAGUGAUAAACGGGAUCCGGUGGAUAUAAUGUUUGAAGUUGGUGAAGUCAAAUUUGAUCCUAAGUCCCAAUCAUUGUUAGCCCACAUCGAUGAUCUGGCAUAUCGAAUGAACAAUUCUCCGUAUGCUUUUGCCGAUCCUCAACAAUUACGAGUGGUAAUGAAAACAUUGCCUUCUUCGAUCCAAACAGCAAUGGACACUCGAGGUGUAAAGACCA